ACUAUAUUGUUUCCGUCUCGUCCACAGUAUUCCAACAGAAGCUUCUCAGGCGAUUGUCUAUGUUGAUGAGCCCCAGAUUUACCACAUUUGUAGCUACUUCGACAGGCUCCAACCAAGAAGCAAGUCACCAUGGCAAAGACGUAUAACAUUGCUUGCAUACCCGGCGAUGGCAUUGGAGUGGACAUUACCGAAGCUGCGGUAGAAGUGCUCAACAAGCUCGCCACAACAGUCGGAAGUUUCUCCUUCAACUUCACCACCUUUGACUGGUCCUCCAAAGCAUACCUAGAACGAGGCUGGUAUAUGCCAGAGGAUGGCAUGCAACAACUGGCAAAGCAUGAUGCCAUCUACUUUGGAGCAGUGGGAUGGCCUUCGGUACCAGAUCACAUCUCUCUGUGGAACCUCAUCCUCCCGAUCAGAAAAUGGAACAAUCAAUAUGUGAACGUGAGGCCAACCAGAAUCCUCCCAGGCACCACAGCACCUCUGGCACAAUUGCAGAAGAAACCUUCCGAUCUGGAUUGGAUCAUUGUGCGCGAGAAUUCAGAGGGUGAGUAUGCGGGUCAAGGUGGGACUACUCAUGACAACUCGCCACAUACCGUUGCUACUGAAGUCGCCAUUUUCACACGAGUCGGCAUUGAGAGGAUCGUGCGGUUUGCGUUUGAGACUGCAAAGUCUCGACCCAGGAAGAAGCUCACUAUGGUCACGAAGUCGAAUGCACAGAGGCAUGGCAUGGUGUUGUGGGAUAAGGUCUUUUACGAGGUGGCCAAGGAUUAUGAGGGUGUGGUUGAGCAUGACAAGAUGCUGGUAGAUGCCAUGACUGUAAGAAUGGUCAACAAGCCCGAAAGCAUGGACGUGAUCGUAGCCACAAACCUCCACGCCGACAUCUUAUCCGACCUCGCAGCAGCUCUCGCCGGCUCCAUCGGCAUCGCACCCUCCUCCAACCUCGACCCCACCAGACAAUAUCCCUCCAUGUUCGAGCCCAUCCACGGCUCCGCGCCAGAUAUCGCCGGCCAGGGAAUUGCCAAUCCCGUAGGAGCGUUCUGGUCUGCGGCGGAGAUGGUGCGAUGGAUUGGUCAGGGUGCGUUGGACGAUGUGGCGGACAAGUUGAUGCGGGCGGUAGAGAAUGUGACAGCGAAUGCGGAGACGCGCACGAGAGAUAUGGGUGGUAAGGCUACAACGAAAGAGGUUACGGAGGCCGUGGUGAAGCAGAUUGAGGUUGUUUUUGGAAAGGAGUAGUAGUCUUUGUUUUUUCCGUGUUCUUCUUUGCACAGGAGAGGUGGUAGUACUCCUAGAGCAGAGAAUCAAGUCAGCAUGUUGGAAGAGAAACUCAGG